AUGGAAGAAAAAGAUGUUGAUAUUAUGACACCUGAUCGAACCUUCUGCGCCAUUCCUUGUUCCCAAUGCAAAUUCCCAAUUCAACCAAACUCACCCAAUCCAUGCGUCAAAUGUUUACCAUCAAAAAACGAUAUCACAUUAGGGUUACGCAAGAAACACUAUCUCCUACAUUGCCCUCAAUGCAAAAGCUACCUGGACUCUCCCAAAACAGCGAUCAAACUACAAUUCCAAUCAGAAGAGUUUCUAGCUUUUUGUAUAAAACAACUAGAAAAGAAUUUGACUUCCAAAAAUGUUAGAUUGCUUCGUUCUCAAACAAUUCCAACUCAACCUGAUUCAAACAUUAUCAAAAUUAGUGUUACUGUUCAGAAAGAGGUUCCAAAUGGAGAAACUCUCCAACAAUCUUAUUUUGUUGAUUUUGUUCAACACAACCGCAUCUGUGACCUUUGUACUAGGGUUCGGCCUAAUCCUAAUCAGUGGAAUUCUGUUGUUCAAUUGAAACAACAAGCUGCUUGUUGUGAUAUGCGUAGUUUUUUUCAUUUGGAACGGGUUAUUUUGAGGCAUUGUGUUGCUGCUAAUGAUGUCAGAAUCAAUAAGAUGAAACACGGUAAUACUUUCUUUUUCCCCAACAGAAUUUCUGCUAACAAGUUUAUUGAUUUUGUCAAGGGACAGGUUCCUGUGAGAAUUUCUGAGAGUAAUGGAUUUGUUUCUCCGGUUACAAAGACUAACUGUAACUCUUAUAGAUACAAUUUUUCUGUUGAAGUUUGUCCCAUUUACCGCCAGGAUUUGAUUUUUCUGCCACCUAAAGUUGCUUUGAGUUUGGGGAAUAUCGGUCCUUUUGUUAUUUGUACUAAUCUUACCAACGUUAUUACUUUGUUUGAUCCUUUAACCUCGACGCAGUGUUGUUUAGAUAGUGAUAUGUAUUGGAGGGCACCCUUCAAGUCUUUGCUCACUAGGAAAGAUUUAGUGGUAUAUAUUGUGCUAGAUGUCAAGGAGGUUUGUUCAGAGGUUACUAUUGAUGGUAAGAAAUUCGGAUUAGCUAAUGCUGAGGUUGCUCGUGUGAAUGAUUUGGGAAAGAAUGACACUAGAUUUAGUAUCAAGACUCAUCUGGGCUAUGUCUUGACUACGGGUGACUAUGCUCUUGGUUAUGACUUGUGGGAGGCUAAUUGUAGUGAUAGUGAGAUUGAACUGAAGGAGCACAUUGGAAACGGUGUGAUUUUAAUGAGGAAGACAUAUGGAGUGAAAGGCAUGAUGAAGAGACGUGUGGAGCAUCAGUCAUACUUAAAAGAUCUAGAACAAAUCACUAAUGAGGUGCUCGGCAUAUCACUAGGUGAUGAAGAGCCAACUUUGGAGGAGAAGCUGGGUAAUCUUAAUCUAAGUGGUGAGGAAUAUAAGGAGAAGAAGAAGGCAAAGAGGAUGGCAUGA